ACAACAUCCGCGCUUUGAUCCCGUGUUCCAAGGUCUCAAACAGUUUUGAGUCCCCUCAUCUCAACAAUUUAUUAGAGUAUUCUUUUUGUGAAGCAAUUGCGCUAAACCCUCACUUUUUGGUCCACGUUCAAUUCACGAUAAUGAACUACGACUGGAUCCUUGACGGAGGUUAUCUCCCCAAUGCUGUGAUCCGAGUGGGAAUUCGACGUCAGCUGGCAGACCGAAUUAGGAUCAUCCAAACUACGUCACUUGAAGAAGAGUACAAGCGUAAGAUGAGCUACGUCGAGCUUCUUAGAAGUCGACCGAUCGCGAUUGAGACGGCAACAGCGAAUGAGCAACACUAUGAGGUGGGAACCGGAGUCCUCGCAGCAUGUCUGGGUCCUCGAAUGAAGUACUCGUGCUGCUUGUACCCGAAGGGUGGAGAAACUCUUGCUCAAGCUGAAAUUGCCAUGCUUGAGACCUAUAUCAAGAAAGCCCAAUUGAAGGACGGAAUGAACAUUUUGGAUCUUGGGUGUGGAUGGGGAUCCGGGGCAUUGUAUUUCGCUGAAGUAUUACCUCAAUCCAAGAUCACGGCUUUCUCGAACUCGAGGACUCAGAAGAUUUACAUCGAUUCCAAAGCCAAAGAGAAAGGUCUAAAGAAUCUGACAGUCAUCACGGGCAAUGUUGUUGAUUACGAAUUUGAGAAGGAAAGCUUCGACCGUGUCGUAUCCAUCGAACUUUUCGAACACAUGAAAAACUAUGAGCUCCUCAUGGCCAAAGUUUCCCGGGCUUUGAAGCCAUCAGGAAAGCUGUUUGUUCACAUUUUCGCUCACAAAACUACUCCGUACGAUUUCGAGGAGGGCUGGAUGAGCACUCAUUUCUUCUCCGGAGGAACAAUGCCCUCUGCUGAUCUCCUCUUGUUCUUCCAAAAGGAUCUAAAAUUGGAGACCCAAUGGUGGGUUUCUGGCAAGCAUUAUGCCAAGACCUGUGAGGUGAGACCCAAACUCUUCUGCUUGCUGAGUCCGGAAGCUAAUAUGAGGAUCAGGAUUGGUUGUCCAAGAUGACUGCCAGCAAGAAGGAAGUAUGGCCCCAUCUGACCGAGACCUAUGGAGAGAAAGAUACGGCUAUGUGGUAUUAUAGAUGGCAAAUCUUCUACAUGGCAUGUGCCGAGCUGUUUGCGUACGAAGGAGGAGACACAUGGGGCGUAACCCAUUACUUGUUUGAAAAGCCCAGCGCUUCAUAGAAUAACAUCCGUUCGUAGACUUCAGAAUAAUAUG